GCGAAGAUGGAGCCGCCCCGAGGCGCGUGAAACGGGCGGAGGGGGCAGCGGCGGCGCGGCGCUUCUUCCUUUCAUUUUCAGGGCGCCGGGCCGGGGCAGAAGCCGCCACCCGCCGGAUUCCUCCGCCUUUUCGGCCGAGCGGGGAGAGAAGGUCGCCGCCUCGCUCCUUCCACCCCCCGACCAUGGAAGAUGGUUUGAAAGAGGAAAAUUCGGAGAAGUUGAAGAGUCCCACUUCAGAAGACAAAGUUGGCUGGAUCAAGAAGAGCAGUGGGGGGCUUUUGAGCCUUUGGAAAGAGCGUUACAUCCGGCUCCGUAAAAAUCAGCUCUUUUUAUAUGAAGAUGAGGAGGAACAGAAGUGUGUUGAAAGUCUUGAACUGGAGCAAUAUGAGAGAUGCCAAGAUUUGCGAGCACUCUUGAAAAGGAAAAACCGAUUCAUUUUAAUCCAUUCUCCAGGUUGUAAGGUGCAAGAUAUCAAAUUCCAGGCAUCAACCACAGAAGAAAAGGAACUCUGGAUGAAAGCACUCAACGAUGGCAUCAACCGAGGAAAGAAUAAGAUAUUUGAUGAGGUAAAAGUUGAUGAAAGUCUUUCUCUGGAUCACGUAACUCGAGGCAGAGCCAAGAUAGCUCAGGGUCGUCGUCCACCAACCAGAAGCCAUCUGAAAGAGGUGGCUAGUGCAAUGUCAGAUGGGAUCCUGAGGCUUGAUUUAGAUGUUCCAGACAGUGGACCUCCAAACAGCAUCCUAGUGGCAAGUGAAACUGCUGAAACUCCUCCUCCAAAGGAGACUCAUAAACCUCCAAUGCCUCCUGCAAAAGUGCUCAUGCCUCCUACAGAGAAGCUAAGUGCCAGUUCUACCCCAGAAGAUCCACAGGUCAAGAAGCCCCCAGUACCUCCAGCUAAGCCUCUUAAGGAGGUAGCAGCACCCAGUGAAAAUAUGAACUCUGUGGAAGUAAGUGAUGCAGAAGAGGAAGAAUACGACGCUAGUGAAGACUCUGAUGGGGCUCCAUUUGAAGAAGAUGAUUUUGUGGAAACCAUUCCUCCAGUACCUCCUCCGAAGAUUUUAUCUGACAAGAUGACGGUAACAUGGGAUCAUCCUGAACCUCAUGAAGCUGAAACUGAGAAUCAGGUAACAGCUGGCAGUGAAGAGAAUAGCCCUGAAUUAAACAAGGAAACCAUCAAACCGCCGACUCCUCCUCCUAAGAUUUUUAGAGUCGCCUUCAGCUCCAAAGAGAACAACGCAGAGGUAGACACUUCUGAAGGCGAUUGGCAACCUGAUGAAGACUCAAACCUUGCAGUCAAUGGCAUUGAUGACAACAGAACAACUGAGCCUGCUUUCCAAGAUGAGAAGGAGCAGAAUGAUCAUUCCUCAGAGCAAGGAGCAAAGGAAGAGCGAUUGAGCCUACCUUCUGAAGAACAGGCUGACGUAUCAGAGCCUGUGGUAGGUUCUCCAGCAACCAAGCCUCGCAGCUCCUCUCUAGGGGAGUUGCUUUCCGAAUCACCCAAAAAGCCUCUUCUGCGGCCAGAUUUCCAGCAGGGGUCUGUUCUCCACGUGGUACGGAUGGAGAAGAAAAUUGCUUAUGAAAAGGAACGAACUGAAAAGCUACUGCAGAAGGUUCAGUGUGAAGGAUUCAAGCAAGCCCAGAAGGGCGAGGGACCCCCAGCAGAUGCAGAGGAGCUGCUAAGCGAAGCAACUGAACAGCUCCGGCAAGCCACCCAGGUCUUGCAAGAGGUGAAGGAUUUAGGGGAACUGAGAAGGGAACCUACCAAUUUCCGGAAAGGAGUCCCAAAGGACCUAGUGACUGUUUAUAGGAGAAGCGCUCCCUAGGAAGGAACUGAAUUCUGAAUUGUGACUUUGCUGAAAUGUAGCCAGGGAGCACAAUUUCUGCCAGGCUACUAGACCAGUGUUUUAAAAGUGGGUGGGUAGGGCAGCAGCUGGGUCUUACUAAGCAUUGCUUACUUUUACACUGCCGCUUCUGUAAUCUCAGAUUGUGGGCUGGAUCCUGCUGGGUGGGGUGUGCUAGAGAGGGAUUUGGGGUAGAGGGCCUCAGGGAAAGGUCUGUUUUUGGAAGACAAGCAGUAACGGGAAGACGUACCGUUUGAGUUUGAAACGAGCUCGUCCACCAUUUGAGAAGCAUUUCCAACUUGAUCGAAGCCUCUUCCCAGUUCAGAAUGAGGGCGUUGUGUUUGGGGUGAUGCCAUGUUGAGCGAGGAACACAUCACGUUGGAGCCGGAAUUUUGAAAUUCCAGUGCAGCCUGGCAUAUUUCGAGUUAGAAAAGUUUUGCACAGCCCGAGAUCCUGUCCUUCUGCUUUGUUCUCGCUCUCUCUCUCUGGGAUGAGUUUGCAAAGACCGUGCAGAGAGAUCAGCUGCAGGAUGAGACCUUAGUAGGUUGGGUGGGGAAUGAAGCUGUAGCACUUUCUAAUCUUUUUUUUCACUCAGGGUUAAUGCAGGGGGCACGUGGGAGGCAAGGCUGAAGCAAGCAGUGGGUGGGGUGGUCUUGGGUACCCCUUUUUUCUUCUUUGGGAUCCCCCCUUUUUUUCUUUUUCUGACUCUCCUUUUUCUUGAAUGGCUCUGUCGCAGAGGGCUUUCUGCAUGCCCGUUCCAGCUUUAUUUAUUUCUCCCAAGCCAUGCAUCCUUGCAAGUGUUGGCAGUGUGCACGCCCUGCACUCAGAAACAUGCACACUGACCACCAAGACAGCCAGUGAUGUUUUGGUGAGGCUCUCAAUAUGUAGAAUAUGGUCGCACUGGACAGUUUCUUCUUUGGCUAUCUAAGUCUUGUCCUGCCAGGGAUGAAAUUGAACUACAGCACCAGAUUUGGAAACUGUCCUAGUUCACACGUCACCUACUUGCUUGGUGUUGGCUUACUAUGUUGUGUGUUGCUCACCUGUUGUGGCUGAUUCAACGAACGAUGGUUAUGCAAAGCGUAGCUUAGCACAGCAUGUGAACCUGAUCAAACUCUCGAGCAAGCCAUAAGGAAUAAGAAGCCAAGGAAAACUUCAAUUUUUUGCCAGGGUGACUUCCCACUCGUGUGAAGAAUAGGCAUGGCAUAUAUUGGAGAAUCUGUGUGAACAGGGCCAGUUCAUGCAAAACUUACACGCUCAGGCCUCUCACGCACACCGUGGAGGGUAUCAUCCUUCUUUUCCACCAUGCAGUGGCACUCACCUUAGUAACAAUAUCAACUUUGGGGAAAUGAUUUUUGAGAUUACAGGCUGGGAAUACAUAUUCCUAUGGUUCCUUUGGUUUUUGUUGAAUGUUGCUUAUAAACUGGCUAAGUGCAUCAUGGAGAUCAAGCCCAAUGCAUAUUUGUCAGCAUAACAGACCAUGGCUUAGGGUGAGGUCAUACGCACAGUCUCCCUCUAUGUAUUGUUGCCGCUUUUUACUCGCUUCCAUUAAUAAGCUUCAUUUCCAAGACCCUCAUUUUCAGUUCAGCUGAUGACUUUUUCGAUAGCUUUUUAACUCUGGAGAUGACCACAUUUUUGCCACUGGGAAACCUUAUGACUAAUAUUUCCCUAUCCUUCAGAAGUCAUUUAAAAAUGUGACUGAGCAUAAAAUUGGUACCCAAUUAUGAAAUAAGGAGUUGGAAAUAAACAUUUGCAUAUCCAGGCAGGAUGGAAAUAAUGGCACUUAGUGGAUUCUGCUCUGGGUUGGCUUCCUGAAGACAGGAUCCCUGGAGACCUUGCUGAAAUCAUCAGAGGACUGUUCCUGCAAGGCAGAAAAAGUGAAGGGGGAAGAUGAGUAACUUUUAUUUAAGCAACUUUCUUCCUUUUAUUUAAGGCAGUCCAAUUAGGGCCAGGCAUGUUCUCCCGGUACAUCUCAGAGCUGGUUUGCACAUUGCACUGAAGCAUGCAAUGGUUUGUUUGCCUUAGCCUGUUCUGUUAACCCAGCCAGUUGUGGUUUAUUCAACAAACCAUGGUUACAAUAACCAUGGUUUAUUGCCAUUGGGAAGCCUAACCGCUGGGGUAUGUCUUAUGGCAGACAGAUACAACUUUUUGAGGCUGAGAGCCAUGCCCAAAAGGGGCAGAGUCAGGACAAAGCGUUUGGGACUAGAUGAACAUUUUAAAUUAAUUGAAUAGAGUCAGCGUGAUAAAUAUUCCCCCUGAAUUUAACGUUUAUUUUCUUUUCUCCUAUUAAAAAUUACAAUUUGGUGGCAACUGUUGGAGAAGCUCUAGGAAUGCCUUCAAGGCUUUUAAGUGGUGCCAACUGGGCUUCCUUGAUUUAUGGCUUAGCAUUAGGCCAGCUGGUUAUGGUUUGUUCAGCAAACCACGAUGGAGCAAACCAUCACUUAAUGUGAUGGAAUCAAAUUGAUCUGUGCACCUUUUCUGAUUGCAGCCUCAAGGGAUGAACCUUUAUAUGCAGAUGAUUCAGGACAAGUAAAAAACUCUGUCUUCCAGCAUCCUCUUAAAUAACAUUUUCUUGCAAAGUCAGUCUUUUGCACAGCUGAACUGCAAACCAUCCCCCAUCCACAAGCCACUUCAUGGCUUUUACAGUCUCCAUCACGGGGCCAUUGAAAGCCAUCAUUCCUGUUGAUCGCUGUCAGCGUUUCUCUGUAGGGUUGCGCUCUGUAUUCUGUCUCACAUGUCCUUCCUUGCUUUUAAAACCAUGGUUUGCAUGCAACUGAAAUCCUGGCUUCAGGUCUCUUUUGAGCACCUGGGACCACUGAGCAGUUGCCAGAGCGCACUUCUGUAACAAGGCCACUAAUUGGGGUGGUCUUCAACUCCACUGGUGCAUUUGCAGGCAGGGCUGCCCAUAUUAAUUUCCCAACAGGGCUGUGGUGGGGAGGUCCCAUGGACAGCUUAUAAAUGUUCAUCACUGUUGCUCAGUAAAUUCUGGCUCCAGACCCACUUAGCAGGCUAGAGCUCCCUAGACAGCAUUUUGCAAGAGGAUCUUCAGAACCUAAGCCCUUUCUGGUUUGAAUAGGUGAGGAUGGUCUCAGAAGAAAAGGUCCAUUUCUCUUCAAAGAUGAAGUUGAUUAUGUCUAUCUGCCUACCUGCUUGUUCUUCUUCUCAAUAGGCUCAGCUGGCCAGGAGCUUCUACUUAAUGCAAGUCAACAUCAGGUGACCAUGCCAAGUUUUGUGUUUUUCAGAUAAGGGGCAAAACUGGAUUCCUCUCUUUUAAAAAUAAAAUAGAUGCAGUUGUUUUGCACUAGCUGUUUAUAAUAUGGAAAUAUGGAAAUAGAUAUUUUGCUUAGGGCUAUUUCACAGACUUCUUUUUUAAGUAUAUACCUGUAACGGCUCAUGUAUUGAAAAUGUACAGUUAUGAAUGUAACAAACAUAUGUUUGGAAAAGAAAAAGGACAACCAAACCCAGUUUACACAUGCCAGCUUACCCAUUGAGGACUGUGGUCCUGUGUAUCGUAAAGGCUAAAAUGUUGGCCUUAUCAUAACCCAGUACUUUCCCCUCCAACACUUUGUACAUUCAGCCAGCAUGAAGAGUAGAUGGAUGAAAUGUUCUUCAUGCCUAGGUGAACCAAAACUAGAUUUACUCAGCAGAAAGCUAGCAUUGCUUGCAGCUUUCCAAGCAAAUGUGUGCUGAGGUGCAGACCCAAAUUUGCUGCUAUGGAGUGUGUGAAUUGGUUAUAUUUAUCCAGGUAAGCACUGAAGGAAAUACUUGGAAGGAACCCUGACUGUUAGGGUAGACAAUCUGGAUUUCUCCAUAGGUUGCUGUGCUUCAGGUUCUGCCCUUCCUGGCCAGUACAGCCAGUGGUCAAACAUUGGAGCUGUGGUCCAGCAGCAUCUGUAGAUCCGUAAGCUUAUCCACCUAUCCUGUAUAUAUUUAAUGAACACCGAAAAGCUGAUAUAUUUUCUCAAGGCGCUUCUAUAACAAUCUUAACCAGAAUGUAACUAUGGAUUCUUUGACAUUCUUGUACUUUCCCCCUCGGAUCUGAGCAGAAUAUUGUACAGUCUGUACUAAUAGUAUUUUAAAUUCUUUUUCUACACUGUCCUGUAAAUAACUGAAAACUUCUUUUGGCAUGGAUUGAGUAUUUUGUUGUGAAAAAGCUUUCAAAAAUAUUUAUCCAGAAAGAGGCUGCAACCUUGUUUGUCACUGAGGUGGUCAGCCCACGGGUUGAAAAUCGCCCACUCUGAUUCUUCCAGCCCUGAGAACUUCUUAAAAUAUAAAUAUAUUUUUA